GAAUGAAUAAACGAAGCCUUUCUAAAUUAUAUCAGGAAUCAAACCCUAAAAUCAAAGAGUAACUAGAGCUCAGAGCAAGGUGACAAUGGCGGAAUCUCCCACAGUGGAUCCUGAAUCUCCAUAUUAUAUCGAUCCAGAUUACGAAUCCAACGAGAAUCUCCCAAUGGCUAUACUAAGCAAAUCCGAAGACAACUACUUCAUCUGGAAGAGUGAUUUUCUCCUAUUCCUUCGAAGCAAGAACAAAACCGGGUUCGUCGACGGCACAAUCCAGCAACCAGAACCUACCUCGCCGCUGUAUCAUCCAUGGAAAACAUGUAACGCGAGGGUUAUGUGUUGGAUGAGGAGCUCGUUGAGCGAAAAGCUUCUCAUCUAUGUAACCUUCGCGGAGACUGCUCAUAAAGCUUGGGUGUAUCUCCGAAUUUUGUUCGUGCCGAGCGUUGAUUUCAAGAUCUACGAGCUUCGUGUGAGGCUCGCGAUGUUGAGGCAAGGUGGUGACGGUGACGACGAAUCUGUGGGUAGUUAUUUCGGGAAGUUUAUGAGAGCUUGGGCGGAGUUGUCUGAGUAUGAUCCUGUACCUGAGUGUAAGUGCGGUGGUUGUCAUUGCGAAGGUGUGAAACGAGGUAAAGAAGCGAGAGAGAAGGAGCAGCGUUAUGGGUUUCUUAUGGGUUUGAAGAAAGAAUUAAGCUUUGUGAGAACGCGAAUCAUGCUUAUGGAUCCUCCUCCGUCUCUUCAUGAAGCUUUGGUUUUGGUUGAACAAGCUGAAUCGGUUAUGAAAUCGACCAGGAUAUGAUGUUAUAGUUUAUCUUGAGUUGUUAAUUAGUUUGUGAUGCAGUGCAUCGUCGGUGUUUGUCAAAUGUGGAACACUUGAGUCGGUGUUUGUGUUGCGUGUUCCACAAGUCUUCUUAUUAUUUACGUUUGGCUU